AAAGGGAGAUGAAGGGGAUCUUCUUCUAGCUCGCUCUUUGAGCAGAGAGUUUCCAAGUUUUAGGAGAUGAAGAUCUUGAAUCCAACCACGGAACCCAAAUCACUUGCGGGUUCCUUGGCGCUUUUCUUUUGGUGUUUCUCUCUGAUGGGAGUUGGGUUUGGGCAGAAUUCGACGAGGGAAGUGAAAGUGGGGGUGGUUCUCGAUCUCCGUACAACGUUCUCCAAGAUUUGUCUCGCCUCCAUCCACGUCUCUCUCUCUGAUUUCUAUGCAAAUCAUCCUAACUACACCACAAGGCUUUCCCUUCGUAUCAGGGACUCCAACCAAGACGUUUUUGCCGCUUCGGCUGCUGCCUCAGACCUGAUCAAGAACGAGCAAGUGAUCGCCAUUGUCGGACCACAAAGCUCCACGCAGGCGGAUUUCAUGAUCAGACUUACCAAAAGAUCUCGAGUACCCAUCAUCAGUUUCUCGGCCACGAGCCCUUCUCUUGCUUCCAUCCGCAGCCCUUACUUCGUCAGAGCCACUCUCAGCGAUUCUUCCCAAAUUAAUGCCAUCGUCUCUGUCGUCAAAUCCUUUGGUUGGAGGAACGUUGUCGCUGUUUACGUGGAUGACGAGUUCGGAGAAGGCAUUGUCCCUUACUUAGUCGAUGCAUUCCAAGACGUAAACACUCGAGUGGCUUACAGAAGCAUGAUCUCUCCGGAUGCGUCCGAUGACGAGAUUCUUCGGGAGCUUUAUAAGCUCAUGACGAUGCAGACUCGGGUUUUUGUCGUCCACAUGUUUCCGAGUCUUGGUUUUCGAGUUUUCGCGAAAGCCAGAGAGAUUGGGAUGAUGGAGGAUGGUUACGUCUGGAUUCUAACCGAUGCAAUGACCCAUCUCAUGAGAUCAAAUGAUCGUAAGAAUCUUGAAAAUAUGAAAGGUGUUCUUGGUGUCAGGACCCAUGUCCCGAACUCGAACCAGCUUGAAGAUUUCAGAAUCAGAUGGAGGAAGGAAUAUCAGAAAGCGAAUCCAGAAACCGAUGAUGCAGGGUUGAACGUUUUCGCGCUUUGGGCGUAUGAUUCCGUUGCUGCCUUAGCCAUGGCAGUGGAGAAAACGAGCUCGAUGAACUUAGGAGUCGAUGGUGUGAACAUUUCGGGGAAUGGUUCCGAUCUUGGAGCGUUUGGAGUUUCCCGCAAUGGUCCAACGCUUAUGCGGUCACUUUCAGACACAAGAUAUAAGGGCUUAACAGGAGAAUUCAAUAUAAUCAAUGGGGAACUACAACCUUCAGUGUUUGAGAUCAUCAAUCUUAAUGGCAAUGGCGUGAGAGUGAUAGGAUUCUGGACACAUGACAAAGGACUCGUGAAGGAACUGGACCAAAGGAACGGAACAAUGGAACAUUAUUCGGCAUCAAACGAGAGCCUUUUGGCUGUGACAUGGCCGGGUGAGUCGACAUCAAUCCCAAGGGGAUGGGAGAUUCCGACAAACAGGAAGAAGUUACGUGUUGGAGUUCCGAUGAAGGGAGGUUUCGAGGAAUUCAUGAAGGUGAGAUAUGAUCCGAGAACGAAUUCAUCAAUCGUGAGUGGCUACUCCAAAGACGUGUUCGAAGCUGUUCUUAGACGAUUGCCAUAUUCAGUCACGCCUGAAUAUAUUCCUUUCAAGGCCCCGGUCGAGAACUACACCAACCACUUGGUCUACCAAGUAUUUCUUGAAAAAUUCGAUGCGGUAGUGGGAGAUAUAACCAUAGUAGCGAACAGGACGGUGUACGUAGACUUCACAUUGCCGUACACAGAAUCAGGAGUGUCGAUGUUAGUGCCUUUAAGGACCAACAGGGACAAGAACACUUGGGUGUUCCUCAAACCUUGGAGCUGGGAUCUCUGGGUCACAAGUGGAUGUUUCUUCAUCUUCAUCGGAUUCGCUGUCUGGGUUCUUGAACACAGAGUCAACGAAGACUUCCGUGGACCGCCUCAUCAUCAAAUCGGAACCAGCUUCUGGUUCUCCUUCUCCACCCUCGUUUUCGCCCACCGGGAGAGAGUGGUGAGCAAUUUGGCGAGGUUCGUGGUGAUAGUGUGGUGCUUUGUGGUUUUAGUACUGACUCAAAGCUACACUGCGAGCUUGACUUCGCUUCUCACGGUUCAACAGUUCCAACCAACGGUCAUGAACGUGAACCAACUCAUCAAGAACGGAGAUUACGUUGGGUUCCUACAAGGCUCCUUUGUGCACGACAUCUUGAAAAAUCUAGGGUUUGGUGAAUCUAAGCUCAGAUCUUUCACCUCGGUGGAAGAAUUGGAAGAGCUGUUCUCCAAUGGCCGUAUAGCAGCAGCUUUCGACGAAGUGCCCUACCUGAAGGUUUUUCUUUCUCAGUACUGCUCCAAAUACACCACGGUUGAAACUUCCUUCAAGACAGCUGGAUUUAGCUUUGUGUUCCCGAAGGGCUCGCCUCUGACCGAUGAUGUCUCGAAAGCGAUUUUAGAGGUAAAUGAAGGCGAGGAAAUGAGACAGAUCGAGAAAAAAUGGUUCAAGAAUCAGGGCAACUGCUCUGAUCCAACCACCGCUCUUUCCUCGAACCCACUGAGUCUCACCAGCUUCUGGGGUCUGUUUCUGAUCGCGGGUGUCGCUUCCUUCUUAGCCAUUGUCGUCUUCAUGGCCAUGUUCUUGUACGAACAGAGACACACAUGGAAGCAAUCCAAUGACGCACCUCAAGAUUCAAUGUGGAGAAAGUCGGCGGUUUUGCUGAGAAUCUUCAACGAGAAAGACUUGAAAUCGCAUAUGUUUAAGAAGAGUGAGAAUGCUCAGAGUGUGAUAGCGAUUGAAACAUCGCCGAAUACGCACUGCCCGCCAAGCCCUUCCACUGCACAGAACACUCCAUGGCCGCAGAGUCCGCGGAGUCCUUCCAAAGAUUCGAACUUUUCAUUCUUCAGGGAGGGAAGAACGUCGUCGUCGUUGGUGUUGAGGGAAGAACAUUUCUCCACGGGAGCAGUGGAGCAUGAUGAAGAUGAAUAUCACGUGGAGAUUGAAGUUGGAGACCCCACAGAAAGAGAGAGAGAGAUGAGGAACAUAAUUGCAGAACACAUUCCCGCGGGGUAGGAGCUUAGGUUUCUUGGAUAACAAGAAACAGCUGUUGUCUGAUGUAAUAAUUCGUUUGUGUUAGCUAGAUUGUAAAUUCAUGAUUUAUUUACGUCCUAUAUGUUGUUCUUCACACCCCAAUAAACUGAAA